CAGCUUUUAAAAAACAUAACGUGGAUGGGUUGAUCAUUAGCGGAAGUAAACUCUGACUUUCACUCGAGUAAUAAACUGAGUAAUCUUGAGCUGAGCUUCACUGACCUCUGGUGUACUAAGUACUCGGCUUAUUUUAAUAUUUACAUACAUAAACCUUGCUGUUAGGGGGUGUGGUAGAACCUGUUAGGUACCAAACAUCAUUUAGGUAAUCUUGGCGCAAUGCGUGAGACCUUUUAUUUUACAGUGAAUUAGUUGUUUCCCUUGAGGCACUUGAUAAUUUACUAAAAACCCAGAAAUAUAGCACCUCUCGGAUUAGGACCAGGCCUGAUGCCAGAAUGGCUCACAAACUACCUCAUGCUCAGUCUAUAACAAGCCCCAUGCCAAUGUCUGGCGAAAAAGUUUCCAGUUUCUCAAUCGCCUCUUUUCUGCGUUGCUGCAAUGUAGACCCAAAGCAGACUCUAAGGAUAAGUCAUCCACAUAAAUGUGGCAGCGUGAAGAAAGCAGACCUCAAAUCUGGUUCGAUCAGGCAGGCUGUUAUUCAAAGUGCAUGCCCUGGAUCAUUUGUCGAACGUAAGGAUUUCUUGGAGACUGAUUCAACGGAGAGAAUUUCUUCUUUUCAAGAGCCGCUGCCUUCCUGGUUUCUUCCCUCCACUCAGUCUACAGAGUACAGCCUUGAGGGUCACCUUGGUUAUCAAACAGCCAGAUCAGCCCUGUACUUGCCACAAGGUAUUCGCGUUCUGAACAAAGGACCGCAUCAGUUUGCAGUAGUAAGCUGUCGCGCUUCUAUCUCCAAAGGCACUCGGUUUGGUCCUUACCGCGGCAGGGUGAUUCAACCCUCACAGGUUAAAGAAGGUGAAGAUAAUGCGUACUUGUGGGAGGUAUGUAAAGAAGAUGGCAGCCUUGCAUAUUACAUUGAUGGACUUCCAGAAACAGAAAACUGGAUGAAGUUUAUCAACUGUGCGCGCAACAAUGAAGAGCAAAACCUUGUGUUAAUUCAAGAUGGCGAGCAGCUGUUUUAUGAAUCAUGCCGUGAGAUUUUGUAUGGGGAAGAAAUGAUGGUUUGGUAUGGAAACCGCUACCACAUGUUCAUGGGAAUUCCGAUUGGAAUGAAGGCGUCACCACGCAAGGAAAGGAAUAACGAAACUGGACAAGGUGCCUUUGGGAGUUUCUCAUGUGAGCGUUGUGGUAAAGUGUUUGCCUACAAAUAUUACCGUGACCGCCACCUUAAAUACACCCGCUGCGUUGAUCAAGGCGAUCGUAAGUUCCCAUGUACUGUCUGUAAUCGAUCCUUUGACAAACGGGAUCGGCUUCGUAUCCACGUUCUCCAUGUUCAUGAAAAGCAUCGUCCGCACCAGUGCACAGUGUGUGGAAAACGCUUUUCUCAGUCAUCCAGCCUCAAUAAACACAUGCGGGUUCACAGCGGAGAGAGGCCCUACAAGUGUCCACAUUGCGUCAAAGCAUUCACUGCUUCCUCCAUUCUUCGGACACACAUUCGUCAGCACAGCGGAGAAAAGCCUUUUAAGUGUAGGCAUUGUGGACGUGCAUUUGCGUCACAUGCAGCACAUGACAGCCACGUGCGCCGCACUCACACGAAGGAGAAGCCUUGUGUUUGUGAAUAUUGCGGCAAGGCCUUUGCUCAAUCAUAUGAACUAAAGUUUCAUAUCAACAUGCACACAGGAGCCAAACCUUACACCUGUGAGAAGUGUGGCAGAGCAUUUUCAAGUCCCUCAUCACGUGACCGACACCGUGCAAAUUUUGACUGCAUCACAAGAAAGAAUCGAGCUCCAAAAGUCAUGCGAAAGAACUUCUUAAGCGUUUGAUCGGCUUUCUUAUAAGAUAUAACUCAUAUCUAAUCUUCAAUUCAAACAAUAUUUAUUUAGAAUAAACAACUACACUUCGUAAUGACUUUUCAGUGUUGUGUACAAAGGAGUACCCAAGGAGGUUAUCUUUGCUUGAAAGAUCUUUUUUCUUGUAAACAUAUCGCUAAAUGAUCCUCGAUGUCUGCGGUAUCGAUUAUAGUAGCACAGAUUUCAGCACGUAUAACUCAAUUAUGAUUUAUUUUAUGGAUCUUUCUUGAUACAAAUUCUGUUGCCGUAGAUAACUAUAAGGGGAUGGUAGUUUAAACUAUUUAUCAAGCAGCAGCCAUCACUCAGUCUCUUCUCCAAUUUCUGAUUGGGCGAUAGGGUAUCAUUUUAGUGUUAUCUCAUCAAACCGUAAAAAAUUAUGGCAUCAUUUAUAUACAUAACAAUAAUGAUGAAAAUAAUAGAAACUAUCGAGAUAAUGAGAAUAAGUGUUUGUCUCUAGAGCUUUUAAUUUUGUUAAAUGAACUGUCGACUUAAAGAAAUCUUAUCUCUCGCUAUUGUCAGGAAGUUUUGGAGUAAAAAGCGUCCUCACUGACUGUAAUGGAGCCGUUUAUCGCUUGCCUGAAUCUCCUCGGUAUUUUAUAGACCCAUAUCGAAGCCAUCGAGUGCAAUAGGACCGUAAAAAAUA